AGAAAGAUUCCCAGAUCUGUUCGUAAAUGUGAAGAUGAUUGCACGAAUUACAACGAAAUAUGGCUAGCUGAACAUUGUUUCUCGGCAGACUGCCAGGCCUCCUGUGACAACCUAACACUGGAAUCAGAUACAGGAAUAAUUGCAGGGCCGCCAUUGCUUCAUGAUGUGAAGACAGUUUCUGGUGGUAGUCUGGUUCUAAGCUGGGAGUCUGGUAACUGUACUACCAGUGUUAAGUGUAAUUCCACCGUGAGCAUCGUACGUCACAGCAGUGACCUCAUCGAAUGGUUCUAUCAGAUUGUCACUAAUGGAGAUUCUAAGUUCCUCAUUGAUGUCGAGCAAGAUGCGUGUGUGAAAUAUGUUGAGGUCAUUUUGGUCGAUGAGUUUGGUGUCAGCCCACCCAGUGACUUAAAAACUGUAGGUUCUUUUCGAGCCUUCUUGAAUGAUUCGCUGAUAGUUAAAGUUACCCCUGAAACUGUGGGCUCCAUCAAAAUGGAUCUGACUUGGGAGUUACGAUCAGGAUUCUAUUCAUAUGACAUGGUAUACUUCUUGGAUAUGCUGAGCGAUAGCUGUCAGGACGAACUUCCUAACACUACUGAGUUACCCCCAGGAAUCCAGGAGGGAAAUGUAACUAAACUGUCAACCAGAAUCAGACGUAACUUAAGCCAUGAGAAAUGUAUUGUCAACUACAAGCUAUAUGGAACUUUUGGGAAUUGCUAUAGAAUACGGCCAGUGCAUUUUCAAUACGUCUAUGGUUGCAAAGAUAUUACUGCUGGGUGUCAGAUCAGUUACGAUACUCCCCGGUUUAAUCACUCCAGUGUUCGAAUCCGAGUCUUCCCAGCCAACAUGACGGCGCUCGUUGAGUGGACACCAGAGAUGCAGUACCAGCAGGACAUUAAUGGCUACUGUCUACAGUGGGGACAGUUAAAAAUGAAAGAUCCUUCCACUGUGUUGGUCGGCCUUAUGGGUGGGAUCCAGGAGAGUACAGCCAAAGAAAUUACUGUUCCGGGAGUGGAAAGUAACAGUGUUUGGAUUGAGGGUUUGGAGGCAAACACACACUAUGGUGUCAGGACACUUUUUGACAUCAAUGGCACUGAAGCCGAAUUCAAGAUGGUUCGUGUCACGGCUUUUAAUACGACAGUACCUACUCUGGCCAGUCCACUAGUCAUCCACAGCACUGUUGCGCCCACUGAGGACUCCACGAAUCUCAUUGUAGCUGGUCUGACCACCCUAACUCUUCUCGUUAUUGCUUCUGUUGUCGCCGUCUUAGUCCUGCGAAAGUGUCGUCGUGAACGGAAAGGAAACUGCAAGUCCAAAACGAGGAUGAGACGAGACGAAGAAAGCAUGCCCAACAUUUACUCCAUUACACCAGUUGAAAGCCCAGAGCCACCGAUUCCCGACCGCUGGGAGAUUCCUUAUGAUAGGAUUGAGUUUGGAGAGAUCCUGGGGAAGGGACAAUUCGGAAUUGUCCUCAAGGCUAUCACCUCGGGCAAGCUAUCAACGUACCAUACAUCUGGUUCCAGCCUCUUCAGGGACUCACUCAAGAGCUGUGACGUGGAAGUUGCUGUGAAAAUGAUACAUGAUACGGCUGAUGAGAGUCAGAAGAAGGAGUUUCGCAGAGAGAUGAAACUAAUGAAGGAUAUCGGCCACCAUUCUAACCUCGUCAGCCUACUUGGAUGUUGCAGUCUGGAUACCACUCCUCUCUGUCUAGUAGUAGAACACUGUUGCCAUGGUGACCUCCUUCGGUUCUUAAGAGCAAAUCGAGACAUUGUGGCGUAUGCAGAGACGACUGGGAGUCAGCCAGAUACUAUAGAAUCAUUAACACCAAGUGAUCUGAUAUCCUUUGCAAGACAAAUUGCACGUGGUAUGGAGUUUCUGUCGCAGAAAGGUUUCGUCCACCGUGACCUAGCAGCAAGGAACAUCAUGGUCGCCAAUGACAAGACUGUUAAGAUUGGUGAUUUUGGUCUGACUAGGUACGUGUACGAUGACCAUAUUUAUGUGCACAGACGAGGAGGUAAACUGCCCAUUAAAUGGAUGUCAGUGGAGGCGUUGUAUGAUCAAGUCUUCACCACGUUCAAUGAUGUGUGGGCUUUUGGAGUUGUUCUCUUUGAGCUGAUAACCUUCGGUGCCUCGCCUUACCCCGGUGUCCAUAAUAAAGAAAUCCCUCCUAUGCUGAAGAAAGGUUACCGCAUGCAUAAGCCGGACAACUGCUCAGAAAUACUCUAUGCCAUCAUGUGUGCCUGUUGGCAUCCAUGUCCAGACGAACGCCCCACCUUCACCCAGCUACGCGACAAACUUGAAGCAUUACUAGAGGAGGAUACACCCUAUCUUAGCUUCAGUCCUAACUACAGCUCCUUCCCGUUCAUGGAGAUCUCCGAGGAAUCAGAUGACGAAGAGGAAAGAGAUGUAGAUCAGAGUGAAGAAUCAGGGAUAAGAUCAGAGGAGACGAUUGCCAUGACGAUCAUGGAUGGCGGUGAUAGCAUCGUCAAGAUGGGUUCAGACGAUGUCUUUGUAGAGACUGAAGUGAGUCAGCCGAUGCUGGAUAGUGGGAGCAGCAGCUGGAAAAAUAAAAAACAUCAUCUGGGUGGAGAGCUACAGAAGAGAGACUCGGGUCUCGGGAGUGAUUAUGUGUACAGCAGCGGAAGAACGACAUUGGAGGAUAUUCCUCUGAUCUGAAGUGGGACCAUUUCAACAGAAUGAGAUCCAAUGAGAACAUGAAAGUACGACAGAGAUUGAAGGGUUCAUGCCGUCAGUCAUUGUGGCUCACUGAAGUGCAGGAGUAAUCCCAGGAAUUACACAACAGAAGAUGGUUCCACUACACUAGCUCUCUGAAUUGCCAUAUUUUUAUUUGCAGUGGAGAAGGGUUUUGGAAACCUCAAAACCUAGCACAGGCUGUCAGCCAGACAGGAAAGCUGCUGCAAAGAACAACUUUUGCUCAAAUUUAUCAUAGGGCUAGAUCUGGGUAGGUCUGUAUGCCUGUACAAUUUGGUGCACAAAUGAUUGGGUGAAAAUAUUGUCAAAAUCUCCCAGUAAAAGCCACAGUAUUGGUGUCUCAUAUUACUUAAUAUGAAAGUAAACAUGAAUAUACAAAUUUGCAGUAUCUGUAAAAACAUAAAUCUGGAAAUAAGCCAGGAUUAUAUUUAUAUGUAAAAACAAAUAAUUUGAUUGAAUGUAAAUUGCUGUAAAUUCUUAAACCCUUGAAACUUCACCCUAUAUUAUAAACUCUUGAUAUUUUUAAUCCUAUAUUUUUAAGGGGAAAAGUUCAGAUAAAGUAAUAACUUAAAUUCAACCUGACAUUGAACAAAGGCUAGAUGUGGAAGGGGCUGAGUGUGUGGGCUUUUAACUCAAAUGAUGCAAAGUUAUUGUCAGAUUUUAAGUGACACGUUUCAGUGAUAGGCAAAUAUUUAUUCUGGUACCCUACUUAAGUCAUCAAUUGAUUAGUAUUUCAACAGAAAUUGCACAACGUGAUUAGCUUAAAGGCAGUGGACACUAUUGGUAAUUACUCAAAAUAAUUAUUAGCAUAAAACCUUUCUUGGUGGCGAGU